GUCUUACCCAGCCGCUCCGCCGCCUGCAGCCCCGGCCGCGGUCGCCGACCGCCGCGCCCCGCCCCGUGGCCGCCACGGCUGCUGCUAUUGCUCCCUCGGCCGCGGCCGCUGCCGUCUCCGGCACCCGCCGCCCUCACCACCCUCACCCCUCCCAGCGCUGUCGCAAAACUAGCCCGCGGCCGCCAAGCGAACCCGACUCUACGCGACACUGCGUGCGCGCGCACGCGAACGAACGGUGUCGCACUUUACAGCAGUAGCGUGGGUGCGUGACGUUCGGCAGUGGCCUCAGUUCACACGUGGCGCUAGCUGAGGCACGUCGUUCUUUGCUACUUCGGCGGCGGCGGCUGUUUCUACGGUCUACACCAUGAAGCGGCCGAAGUUAAGAAAAGCCAGUAAACGCAUGACUUGCCAUAAGCGGUAUAAAAUCCAAAAAAAGGUUCGAGAGCAUCAUCGAAAAUUGAGGAGGGCGGCUAAAAAACGGGGUCACAAGAAGCCUAGGAAAGACCCAGGAAUUCCAAAUAGUGCUCCUUUUAAGGAGGCUCUUCUUAGGGAAGCUGAGCUAAGGAAACAGCAGCUGGAAGAACUGAAACAACAGCAGAAACUUGAUAGGCAGAAGGAACAAGAAAAGAAAAGAAAACUUGAAACUAAUCCUGGUGGUGAGCCAUCUGAGGUUGAACCUGUGGAGGAAUUUGAACAAUGCAAAACUAAGAAAGCCAAGUUGAGCAAACAGCACCCGAAGAAGUUAUAUUGUCAGGAACUUAAAAAGGUGAUUGAAGCCUCAGAUGUUGUGCUAGAAGUGCUGGAUGCCAGAGAUCCUCUUGGUUGCAGGUGUCCUCAGGUAGAAGAGGCUGUUGUCCAGAGUGGACAUAAAAAGCUGAUACUUGUAUUAAAUAAAUCAGAUCUAAUACCAAAGGAGAAUUUGGAGAGCUGGCUAAAUUAUCUGAAGAAAGAAUUGCCAACAGUGGUAUUUAAAGCCUCAACAUACCUGAAGGACAAAGGGAAGAUAACCAAGGUAAAGAAAAAAGCUGUUCCACUCAAAAGUAAAGUGUGCUUUGGCAAAGAAUGCCUUUGGAAACUUCUUGGAGGUUUUCAGGAGACUUUUGGCAGAGCUAUUCAGGUUGGAGUAAUUGGUUUCCCAAAUGUAGGGAAGAGCAGCAUCAUUAACAGCUUAAAACAUGAACGGAUAUGUAAUGUUGGUGUAUCCAUGGGGCUUACGAGGAACAUGCAGGUUGUUCCCUUGGACAAACAGAUCACAAUCAUAGAUAGUCCAAGUUUGAUUGUGUCGCCACUUAACUCCUUUAGUGCACUGGCUCUGCGAAGUCCAGCAAGUAUUGAAACUGUAAAACCAAUGGAGGCUGCCAGUGCUAUUCUGUCUCAGGCUGAUGCUCGACAGGUUGUACUACAUUAUACUGUCCCAGACUAUAAGAAUUCUCUGGAUUUUUUUACUAAACUUGCUCAGAGAAGAGGUCUGCACCAAAAAGGUGGAAGCCCAAAUGUUGAACGUGCUGCCAAACUACUGUGGUCUGAGUGGACAGGUGCCUCAUUGAGUUACUAUUGUCAUCCCCCAACUUCCUGGACGACUCCUCCACAUUUUAAUGAAAGUAUUGUGGCAGACAUGAAAAGGGACUUAAAUCUCGAGGAACUGGAAAAGAACAAUGCACACAGCAUAGAAGCCAUAAAGGGCCCUCAUUUAGCCAGGAGCAUCCUUUUCCAGUCUUCAGGUCUGACAAAUGGGAUAAUAGAGGAAAAGGACAUAACUGAAGAAUUACCAAGACACAGAGAAAGGAAACAGGAGGGGAAGGACAAUGAAGCCAUCCUCAGUGACCAAGAGGGUGUUGACUGUGAAGAAGCUGAUGAAAAGAUCUCAGACAUGCCCCCUAUAGAAGAGAUAAGAGAGCCCCCACCUGAGGAGGAAUCUACAAUAGGUGAACCUGCAAGAUCUUUUAACUUGGAUGAAGUGACUAAAGAGGAUGAUGCUUAUGAUUUCAGCACAGAUUAUGUGUAACAGAAACUUGUCUUCUUUUUUUUUUGUGGUGCUGGGGAUUGAACCCAGGACCUUGAGCUUGUGAGGCACACACUGUACCAACUGGGCUAUAUCCCCAGUCCCUUAACAGCUUAAGCAAACUGCCAAAAUGGUCUGUGUGUAAUGUGCCAGUUUUGGGGUGUGACAUGUAAAUUUUGUGAAUAUGUCAUGAUGUAUACAUUAAUGUAAACACAUUUUUUAAAAUGUCUUCAUUGUACUCCUCUCAUACAGUGAAGGGAUAGAAAUAGUUAUCUGAAAGCAGAGAAGUCUAUUGAAAAAUGUAGAUUUAUUUACGGAUUGGGCCACAGGUUUAUAAAAUUAAAACCAAGCAGCAGUUUUGAGCUAGCCAUACCAGCUAGCUGAACUGGUUAUAUCAGUCUUAACAGUUCUUUCUUCUGGCCAGUCAGCACUGUAGUAAGCAAACACUUGGUAAGGCAGAUGGAGACAUAUUUAUAGUCUAUCUGAGAAACUGACUGCCAGACAGUCAUCUUUACCCAGCUGAAACAUCCCUUUUUCCAUGGGCUGCAACAGACAGGAAUUGAGGCCUACCAACUGUUACUUCCCACACUGUUACUUUCAAGGAUUUCCUGAGAAAUGCUCAUAGUUCUAAAUUCUAGUUUACUUUAUGUUUGAGAUCUCCAUAUGUCUUCGGAUUAAGCUGAACUUGCCUGUUGGAUCUGGAAUAUACCAUUUUUCCCAAACAUCGGUAUAUGAAGCAGUUCUUCCCCAUGGUUUAAAGUGUCCAUUCCAAUGGAGUAACUUGGCAGCCUUUACAAACUGAGGUGAAUACCGUUUUCCAGCACUGGAACCUUAAUAUUUAGAGAAAGAGCCAAAUGAUUGUACCUGUCAAACACAAGGCAAUGCCAUGCCAAACAACUUUAAACAGUGAUAUGUCCCAUUGCUUAGGGUAGUUCCUUCCUUGGACAGUUAAUUCCUUACUAGCUUAGGCAAUUGGUUAAUUAUUUCUACUUACCAAGAUGGCGGACAUUCCACAUAGGGUCAAUGGUGGAAUGCUGCUGAUAGAAUACAAUAAGCAAAGGCGGUGUUGUGAUGCUGCCAGCCAGUGUUCUGCUGUACAAUCCCUCUCUUGUAGGACAAACAACAAAUGUCAGUGAAAAAUACCAACUUCUGUUAGUCAAGAUUCUCAGGGUUGAAGUAAGUUUUCAACUAGGCCAGUUAUAUACUUACUCAACAUUGAGUUUCAUCCAUUUCUCCAACUGGUUGGUUAUAUUCUGUCGUUUCCAUUCUGUCAGGUUUGCGACAAAAACUCCAGGAUUAAAUGAGCAGGUGCUGGCUUUCAUGGAAAGUUUACGAAUUCUUUCCUUUUUAUAGUCAAGAUAGCCAAUGUAAUUGUACUAAAAACAAAUGGAAUACAUAUUCUUGCUGCUUCAAACAAAAGAUUAGUAAUUUUACAGCCAGUUAAGAAAACAGCUUGUUAAACAGACUUUUAAGGUAAUUAGCAAAUAGAAGUGACAUUGGAGAUUCCAAGACAGAAUGAAACCUAGAUACUGACUUAUUUAAUCAGAUAUUCAAAGAGAAUUGUGUUAAAGUCUAUGAACCCACAGAAAAGAAGGCUUGAGUUGGGGUUGAAAUAACUGGGGAAUGUAAGAAACAACAGAAAAGGAUGAACUCUCUCCUUUUUAAACCUUUAAAGGGAGUGGGGUAUCUAGUAUAAUUUACUUGGUUCCCUGCUCCACGGAUAACGACUUUAGUAGAGGUUGAAUCACAAUCUUCUGAGAAUGCGGCUGCAUGUCCUGGCUUCAGUGGUGUAUUAUACAGGGCAAGAAUAUCACCUGAAAUGGAUAUAAAGUGUUAAGAUUAACAUUUCUAGUUGCCUUGGGAUUCCCCAUUCCUCCCACUUCUUCCUAUGGUGAUCUUGUAUAAAAAGACCAUAAAUAAGACAAACACUACUGCCCACAAUCUGGAUGGAGAACAGCUCUCGUAACAUUAUUUGGUACCUUGUACAAUUACAUCAUCAUCCAUGUAUAUGGCCUUCUUUGCACUGGGAACGAAAAUUGGCAAGUAGAACCUUGCAAAGGUUAGCUGAAAAAGGAAAGAAGUGUUGGCAUAGGAUAGUGCCUAUACUUUGCUUUUUUGUGGUAUUGUGGAUAGAACCCAGAGGCAUUCUACCACUGAGCUACAUCCUUAGCCCUUUUGAGACAGGGUCAUGCUUAUCCUUAAACUUGCAAUCCUGCCUUGACCUCCCAAAUGGCUGGGAUUACAGUACAUGCCACCACACCUGGUUUGUGCUUUUAUGGGAAGGUUCUCAGAACCCUUGCACUAAAUAGCCAAAGGACCCUUAGAACUGCCCAGGCUUGGUCUCCAGGGCAAAACUUGCACUGUACCCAAGUUAUCCAGGAAUUCUAAUUUCCUGAUACUCCCAAGUAUAAACAAGGAUGCAUGGAACUCACUGGUUUCAUGGACUCCCCCUGGUCAGGAUCCUCCUUUACUUUCCCUUCCAAAAGUUUAGUGUCAAAAUUCACAAUUUUGUACCUGAUGCUUUUCAGAGAACCACUUUUCAGCCAGGACCUGAUUUAAAACAAAACAUUUCAGUUUUAAAUAUUCAUGUUUCUAAACCAUAGCCUUACCUUUGUGCUUUCCUAAUGAGAACAUAAUAUGAAGAGAAAUCCUAGGGACCAAAUGGGUGUUUUCAAGCUCCUUUACCUCUAACACUUGGUUUUGUCAUCUGAAAUGAGGUCUAUUCCCACCAAAGUCCCUCCUUGAACGGAGACUCUAUGGAAAUUCACUUGUAACACAAAACUACUGAGAAAAAUGAUGGAAUUGAGAACAUCCCAUCAUCACAUGAACCAUUCAAUUCUUAAACUUCCAAAUACACUGAAGAAAAUGAGCCAAAGUGCAACGGUAGUGAAAGCUAAUUAUGUAAAGCUAGUAGUCAAUCUUUUCCUAUAGAAUAACUAUUGAUUCACCUAAUAACCCUAAGUAAUGUAUCCAUUCAAGUCAGGUAUUGUUAAGAAAAGCCAGUGUUUCCUGAAGAAGCACUGCAUUUUUUCUAGUCUAUUCCCAAUCAGCGUUCUGAAGACACUGUUAUUUCAAUGCAGUAUUCUGUAUCUUAGAUGGGGUCUGAGUUGAAUUUCAAGUAUGAGAAAAAUCAAAACUUUUCAUUAAAUAAGUCAUGAAGAAAGCCACAAGGACAGAAGUGUUUUAGAGCUUUCACAAAUAUUUAAUCUGUUAGGCUGUUUCUUAGAAUAAACCUGACAAAUCGUCAAUUAUUUUCACGGAUGACACUCCAUCAAAUUGAGUUUAUAUUAUACACAGCAAUUAAAAUAGUUAAUGGCUAAUUACCAUGUGCUAGUGCUUUAUAUGCUUUUUUAUUUACUUGGCAUACUACCUGCUGAGUUGGAUGUUUUUACUCUAUACAAAUGAGGAAAUGGUUUCCAACCUUUCCCCAACCACCCUGGGUUAAGAUUUAGCUCAGAAUCUGCUCACAACCUCACCCUACCAUCUGGCCAUUGUUCCCGAGUGUCUUUCCACUAUAGACUAGCAUAUCUAUGAGAUAAGGAAUUUAUCAUUUACUCCUGGCAUAGCUCUUUAUCAUUUAUGCUACCAGGGACAUGCUUUGAUACAAUCAGAUGGAAAAAUGUAUUAUAUGCAGCUUACAUGUGUAUAACAGUAUAAAUAUAUACACACACAUAAUAUAUACACACAUAUGUGCAUAUAUAUGUUUACAUAUUAAAACAGUUCCUGAAUUGGCAGCUGGUCUACUCCAGAGCAUCCACUAGAAGCAGAAUCAUUUGGUAAGCAGAGCUCACCGGAGAUGGUCUGCUGUGUCAUUGAGUGUAACAAUGUAGAAAAUCACACUGGAGCGAGUAUUGUGCUGAAUGCUGUUCAUGGCUGCAAUGGCUCCCCCGAGCCUGUCUUCAGAAGCUGCAAUGACCACAGGAAUCUCCUCUUGUCUCCUGUCAACUGCAUGUCGGGGAGCAUUUGGGACAAAAUCUAUGGGCUGAAGCCCUAAAAUUCCUGAAUCUGAAAAGAACAUACAGGAAGGCACUGUGAUACAAACAAUCUUAUGAACUGAUUAGAGUCCAAGACAAGGAAAGAGGUAAGGUGAUAUUAUGAUAACCAGUUUACCUUAUUCUCUUCCAUUAAACUUUGAAGUACAGCCCAGAAAUUAUUUUCCUGUAUGCAACCAAGCUUUUGCAAAAGUGGAAGAAAGAUUUUAAAAAUCAGGCUGAUGACAAUAAGACUAUUAGUAAUAAAGUAUCAACACUUUUCUAGUUUGUAUUGUAGCAAUGUGUUUCAAGAGCCUUAAGGUACAUGGCUUUGGCCCAAUCAUUUGGGUUCUCUUGCUAUCUCUCUUAAGAGGCCAAAUCUGAAAAGUAAUCAAAAGUCACAAUUUCAGUUGGGAUAUAGCCUGGUGGUAGAGUACCUGCCUAGCAUACACAAGGCUCUAGGGUUGAUCCGCAGCAACACCAAAAAAAGUCACGAUUUUAUUCAUAAUUAGAAGUAAACUGGGAAGGAAAAAAUAACAGAAUGAAUCAAACAUCAUUACCCUAUGUAAAUGUAUGAUUACGAAAAUGGUAUGCUGUUACUCCAUGUACAAGCAGAAACAUGUAUCCCAUUUGUUUACAAUAAAAACAAACAAAAGAAACUGUAAAUGUGCAAUCCACAAAUCAUUUAAGUAGGUAUGAAUUCAGUAUUAAAUGGGAUAGGAUCAGAAUGUUUUCUGUGUUGCUGGGUAUAGAAUGCUCGGCCUUGCACAUGAUAGGAAAGUGCUCUAUCAUUAACAUCCCCAGCCCCAUGAUCAGAGUUUGAGUAGAAAAAGUUUCUGGAUUGGAGUAGAAAAUUGAAUUAGAAAACAGAAUGUAUUACACCCAGUAAACUGCAAGUACUAUUCUGUAAACCUUCCUUCUUGCCUUUUGUAAUAGCCCCCUAUAUCUGUUGUUUCCACAUCUGUGAAUUCAACCAACCACAGAUUGAAAAUGAGGAAAAAAUUACUGAAAAAGGAAGAGGCUUGUUUUUAUUGUUACUACAUAAAUACAACAUAACAGCUGUUUACAUAGUAUUUACACUGUAUAAAGUAAAUCUAGAGAUGCUUUAAAAUAUACAGCAGGAUGUGUGUACAUUAUAUGCAAGUACUAUGCCAUCUUACAUGAGCAUCUGAAGAUUUUGGUGUCCUAGUCCCCAUGAAUAUGGAGACGACUAUACUCUUUCAUUUAUUCUGUCACUGAACAUUGGGUAUCUACUAUGUGCCUAGCAAUACAUGGGCACUGGGGUUACAGUCAUGAAUAAAACAUACAAAUCCCUACCAUCAUGGAGAAUGAACAAUAACAAAUAAUAUGUAUAUUUGUGUGCUGCAUCCAUCAAAAAAGUCUGAAAGUAAUGGUAUUUUCCUGUGGAAACAAACUGUAUGACAUUAAAGAGUUUCUGCCAUCAUGAUGAAAUGCUUGUGAUAAAAUCA